AUGUCUCAACGACUGAAAGUUCUAGAGUUGUACCGAACUUUGUACUACAUGGGCAAGGAGUAUCCAAACGGCAGUCAAUGGUUCCACACACGCUUGAAACUCGCCUUCGCCAGGAACAGUGCUGAGACCGAUCCGCAAAAGAUUGAACAACUUAUACAGAGAGGCGAAUUCGUUGUCAAAGAAAUCGAAGCACUUUACAGUUUGAGAAAGUACCGAGCCAUGAAACAACGAUACUACGAGGACAGUCAA